UCCUCCACCAAUCCGCGCCUUCAGAGGCAGAGGCGGGACUUUCGCUGAUUGGCCACUUGCAGUAGCCAUCGUCUCGUUUUCCUUGUCCAUCCAGCAUGGCUUCCCGCUGCCGUAGAGCCAUAGACAGGCACUGGCUAUAGGAAAUAUGGCAGGACGCUGGUGGCCGGUAUGAGUCCAGCACGGCUGGUGGCUAGAAUUGUCACCAUGAGGUCCUAUCAGGCGCUCGUGCUGUUCCUGGCAGCCUUGGCAGUGCUUGCCUUCUAUUACCUGGGCUCAGGGAAGGAGAAUUUCUCCAGCACCACCAGGAGGAUGAAGGAGAACAGCGCGGCUCACAAUCUCAGCCCGGACCUGGACCUGUCUGCUUCUUCCUCAGAGCUGAAGAUAGGGGAGGGCAAGAGUAAGAACGUGGAGGGCCGCGGGGUGCAGGACUACCACCUACUCAUGAUGUUCACCAAGGUGGACCGGAGCCCUGGCCUCAAGGACAAGUUCCAGGUGGCCCUCACCUCCCUGGUCAAGUAUGGCAAGUUCGAGAGCUCUGAGGUGCUCAGCCUGCAUUUUGUGUCCGAUGAGCCCAGCAAAGAGGUCGGGAAGACGGUGCUGAGGGACCUGCUGCAGGGAGCCAGCUUCAAAUAUAAGGUCAUAUUCCAUGAUGUCAGCGCCCUGACGGAAAAGUUAUUUCCAAUAGUAGAAGCAAUGCAGAAACUCUUCAGUGCUGGCACUGGAACCUACUACAGUGACUCCAUCUUUUUCCUAUCUGUUGCCCUACACCACAUAAUGGCAAAAGAUAUAACUCGCAUUAUUCAACUAGACCUGGAUCUGAAAUUUAAGACCAACAUUCGUGAACUAUUUGAGGAGUUUGACAACUUUCUCCAGUCUUCGGUCAUUGGGAUUGCCCAAGAAAUGCAACCAGUAUACAGACAUACAUUUUGGCAGUACCGUCGUGAGAAUCCAAACACCAAGGUAGGUAGUCCUCCCCCAGAUGGAAUGCCUGGGUUUAACAGUGGAGUGAUGCUGCUGAACUUAGAAGCUAUGCGCCAGUCCAAACUUUACAAUGAGCUGCUGGAACCCAAUGCUGUACGUCAGCUUGCUGAAAAAUAUCACUUCAAGGGACACUUAGGUGACCAAGACUUUUUCUCUAUGAUUGGGAUGGAACAUCCAGAACUCUUCUAUGUUCUUGAUUGUGGCUGGAAUAGACAGCUGUGUACCUGGUGGAAGGAUCACGGUUAUGCCGACAUCUUCGAUCAAUAUUACCAAUGCGAAGGUCACAUCAAGAUAUACCAUGGCAACUGCAACACUCCAAUUCCAGAGGACUAGAUCGACCUAUAUAUUUUUACCAGUUUGCACUUUGUAGAGUACAAGUACAAAUGGCCACAUUCAAGUCAGACUACUAGUAAAACUUUACAAGCAUCAGGAUACAUGCAACUGAGUUCAGUUAAAGAGAGCUACCUGUACCUGGUUACACAUUGCCACCAACUGUGGGUAUAGCUUGUAUGCCCUAUACUUUCUGUAAUUGUAUUUCAGAUACAUAUUUUAUUCUAAAUAUCAGGGUAAUUUUUUGGACAGUUUGUAUACCUGAUGAUUAUUGUGUGCCUGAAGCGCUGUAACAUUAUUCCCAUGUCAGAAAAACUGGACGCAAUAGAGAAUGGCUGCUGAACAAAUUUUGAGCGCAAGUGUCACUGUAAUUGUCUCCUUUUAAUAUAUUAGAACCACCAACUUAAACAUUUGUUUGGCAAUGUGCAAAUAUAUGAAUGGACAUAGUGUAUUAAAGUGGCCUAUGGGAUAUAUUUAGUUCAGUGUAAAGCCCCGUACACACGAUCGGAAUUUCCGACAGUCUUUUUCCAUUGGAAAUUCCGACCGUGUGUAUGCCACAUCGGACUUUUUUCCGAGGAAUUCCAUCGGAGUUUAGAUAGAGAACGUGUCCUUAGAAAUUCCGAUUUGAGUGUGGCCGGGCUAAAGCACGAUCGUGUGUACGGGGCAUAACUGUUCACCAGUUUGUCUUGGAUGUUGCUUAAAGAAUUGCCUUUGUGCACAUGGACGCUUAGCAGUUCCUGUGUGUUGAGGCAAAAAAAACUCUGAACUUUCUUGUGCCUGAGGAGCCACACAUGCUGCAUACAACCACCAGUAGACAUGGAUGGUUUUUCAGCCAUGCUCAAGUAAGUGGUGGUGGCCUCUGGAUGUACGUAUUGCACCCCUCUCCAAACUCACCAGCUUUGCAUUUGGGAAGAAGCUUUCUACAUACAUGCACAGGUAAACGUAGAUGCAGAAGCCUGAGCACAGCUGUACAGCCAUUCACUUGUAUUAGUAGCUGUACACUGCACAUGUGGCUCCCCAGGCACCGGAAAAUGGCAGGGAUUUUACACCUCAGCACACAGAAGCUGCUAAGCAUCCCUGUGCAUGAGGCCUUAAAUAUCCUUUCUGUGCCCUUGUUCAAUUACAGUUCUUUAUUGCUUGGAAUGUGUUUAACUAAAAAGUCAAAUCUAUUGUUUUUGUGACUUCUUGUUUACAUUUUAAUAAUCAUGCAGCUUUCUAUGUAAUUUUCAUUUUUAGCCUCUAAACCUCAGACAUGGCUUAGUUCAGAAUGCUCAGAAAUAUCAAAUGAUAAAUUGUAUUUUUCAGCAUUGCAAUGUAAGCAGCAGAGCUUUAUCAUCAUGUUCAUUAUUAUAACUGUAUCUGUAUAAAAUUAUCUCAUAUUUUAUGUAAUGAAAAUGAAUGUACUCGGUGAACAAAUUAUAAGUGGAUUCCCUCACAUCCUUAUGUGGUUGCUAUGAACCAGUUAAGAUUAAUACAAUCCAUGUAGGAAACCAGUACCUGCAAGAGACAACAGGCACAGGGCAGGUGCUUUCAGCCUGGUGAUGCUAAGCUGACAAUUCACAUCCACUUUGCUUGUGACCAGAAUCAGUGGGUGGUCUAAGUAUUGGGUAGUUGUGUAAAGUAAAAGUGAAUCAGCAAUGUUAUGGGCAACAGAGAGAAUACUUCACCCAGACACUACCAAUGUUUACCACUGUAAUAAAGCCUUCUGUAUGUUCCCCUUUAUUUAUUUUGUCAGUAAAGAACUAAGAAGACUUUUUUCUAUGUUCUGAAA